AUGAUUGAAAGAGAUGCGCAUCAGUUGAUCAGCGCUAAGAAAGAAUUCCUGAUACAUUUAAAGAAUCACAUCGUGGCAAUGAUGAAUGCUAGGAAAGAGAUCAAUAAGUUUUCGUGGAUCCUCCAAAAGAAUUUGUAUGAGAAUAAGUGUAUUACAGUUUGUCAUGGAGUUAAAGAGCUAUUCGAUUUUAAUGGUAAUAGUUUUUAUAAUACUAGUUCAACCGUAAAGCAUGUGCAAGCAGUACAACUGUUGGUGAAAUGUCUUGAAAAAUAUAAACCUCAUCAGCAUUUGGAAAAUGCUUUUACUGUAUGGAAUUCAUGUUUGGUUCCUACUGUAUUCAAAAUCUCUGAAUCUACAGAACGUCAGAAAUUCAGCAGGCAUGGAAAGUUGCUUGUUGCUUGCUUACUUGAUUCAGAUGAGUACACGAAAGCUAUAAUUUGCCUGGGACAUGUUGCUCAGUUAUAUAAGGAAGAUAUUCCGUGCAAGUCAUUGCUCACAAAUUGGCUAUGUUUUCUUGGGCACUGGUCACUCGCUAAGACAUAUUUGCUCCAAGAAAAAGAUGUGCAAGAAAUGGGCUCUGUUCAUAAAGAUAUUAUUAAUAAAGUCAUUGAGGAAAUUAUCUGUCUUCACGUAGAUGAAACAAAUCAUGCUUCUUGUGAUUCAUCUUCACAACAUAAAAAUACUCUUGACAAUAUGCGGUGUUUCGAAGAUAUUCUUGCGAAAUCUAAGACAAAAACUUAUCAACAAUAUGAAGCACAAAUUCUUGUUAAACGAGUUUUACUACUUGCCAGUCAUUUUUCUUGUGCUGAUUUGAAAAACAUUGGCGAUCCUUUGCAAAACAUGGAUAUUAUAAAAGCUCGUUACGAGACGUUAGUUAAAUGUCGAAGUAUCGCGUUUUUUGGUGAUGAGAUGAAAAAAAAAGAUGCUAAUGACAUUACCUUUGAUGGAUUAUUUUUAGGUGUUGUAAAGUUAAAUUCGGUUUUGGCAGAAUAUUUCAACACUGUAAUAAAGUUAUGUUUCAAAUACACUGAAUUCGGUAUUCUACGAGAAGGAGAAAGUGAAGGACUGAAAUUGUUCUACCAAGUUCUGAAAGCAGCGAAUUUGCAAAGGUGUUUGGCAGCGUUGAAUUUGUUACUCUUGACAUCAACAGUUACUCACAAAGACAAUUUAAAUGGUAAUCCAGGACCUUUCCGGCCAAUUGUCGCUUGUAUCUGGAAUGUUAGUUACUCUGUUGUAACAAGGAAUGCUUUUAAUAAAAUUGAAUUGGAAGAGCACGAACAAAAUUGCAAUUGUGUGGUCUGCACACUUUGUAGAAUGAGACCACAGAUGCGCAUAGAAGCUGUAUUUUCAAAUAUGCUAUAUCAUCAGUAUUCUUCUAAAAUAUUUCGUUUAUUUUGCCGGAGGAUUCAAGAACUACCUCAGGAAACUGUGGCAGAUAUAAUUUCAAUGUGUUCCGUGCUUCAAAUAAGGGCAACAAAUAAGGUGGUGUCAGAAAGAAAGUAUCCGCUAGACGCAUUAGAACGUUUCUUAACAGCAACUAUCAGAUGGCUUCGGAGAGUCAGGCAGCUGGAAAAGGCAGAAAUCGUGCAGGACGUUAUAAAAGAGUCAUUAAAAUGGUUGACAAUAAGACAGUUAGCUCGAAAGCCACUGGAAAUUCCAAACUUAUAUUGGCUAUGUCCAGAUAAACAGUUGACAGGUGGAUUACGUUCUCCUCUAAAAUCUGUUGCGAUGAAUCUGGCUUCCCAUUUCAAUACCUUAGCAAUUUGUUCACUCAAACCAUCUGGCAAUAUUAACAAGACCACGAGCAUAGGGAAAUCAAAGCAUGUUCAUAACAGUACAACUCAAAUUACUGUUAGCUACGUAGAUGUGGAAGUGGAAGAAGCUCGAAAGGAUUUCAGUAGUUUCUCUCAUCUUUUUUACAGGGAGUGGCGAUUUCACAUUUGUUCUUAUUUGGGGCUACUCUCUGCUUUCCCAUCCAAGGCAGAUUGGGUUAGCUCUGGGUGGAGUGCAGCGUACUAUUUCAACGAAGCAAUGUCUGUUAGUACCCGACAGUUGGCACGUAUGAUUUCCGACAAAUCUAUUGAAAAUCCAGUCUUUCAUUACGAAAAUCAUGAAAAGUUCAAAGAGGCUGUUCGCAGUUUACCAUUUGACUUGACAGUUGUGCAACUUUUUUUGGACUCGAGUCGGAUACUUUGGCUCAUUAAAUUGUUUAGUCAUCGGUCACCGUUAGUGAUACCAAUUGCAUCAAUUCUACAGGAUAAUCCAAUUCUGGAACGUUUUUCAGCUUUAUUGUUAGAAAAUGAUGCAUCGGGAAAUCUCAGUAAAACUUGUAUUGGACCUAAAGAGUAUUGGGUGAUUAGGAAAAAGUUAGAUAAGAAAUUGGAGUAUGAAUGGUUUGGAAUUUUUUGCUAUCUGCUUUUGCCUUCUGUCGUUCUUAGUAGUGUCCACAUUUCAGUCGUGAAACAAAUGCAGGGUUUUGGGUUUUCAGAAAGUUCAGCUAUUGCAUUGGUUGAAAAUUUGGACUUAUCGGGAGAUAGUUGGCGAGAAUUAGUGGAGCGAUUUUCAGUUCUAGAAAAUAUAAAUGAAACUGUUAUUGCCGACGUUAUUAGUUCUCGAAAUCGUUGCAUAUCUAAGCAUGGAAGAGGAUCAUUCUCUCGUAAUUAUUCAGAUAGCUAUGUCUUGUUUUGUGUUUCACCGGAAUUGGCUUCCUUUCCGUUUGAACUUCUACCAGUGAUUGAGUCGCACAAGCGUGUUUGCAGGAUAUCAUCAUUUCAUAUGUUACAGAAGUUGUUAUCAUGUUCGAAAAAAAUUCCAAAAUCAGUAGAUGGAAGGAAUUCUUUCUAUGUACUUGAUCCUGGUGGCGAUUUGACUGAUACUCAGAUGAGGCUGUCAAAAAAACUGGAAAAAUUUACUUGUUGGAGAGGGACAGUUGGAAUCGCUCCAAAGCCUGAAGAAUUACGCGCUUUUCUAGAAAAGAGUGAUAUCUACAUGGGUCAUGGUAGUGGCGGUAAAUAUUUCGGGAGGUCAACAGUGCUUCGAAGUAACAUUCGUGCUGUAUCACUUCUCAUGGGUUGUUCCAGUGUUCGCAUAAUUCAUGAAGGUGAAGGAUUUGAUGGAAGAGGAGCAAUACACGAUUACGUUAUAGCAAAAUGUCCUUGCGUUGUUGGAUGUCUGUGGAUGGUGUUUAAGGUCACCGAUGGUGAGAUAGAUAGAGUGCUCUUAGCUCUUCUAGAUUUUUGCUUUUCAGAAAUUGAAAAGCAGAAUGAAAAAAAAACUAGUCCAUCAUACAGAUUAUUAAUAGAUGGCAUAGCAUAUGCUCGUACCGCAUGCAAAUUAAAAUAUAUGACGGGUGGCGCCGUUGUCGCCUAUGGAUUACCUAUUGUAACUCAUCUGACGAAUGAUAUGGUUACAAUGAAUGAAGAGUGUAAUAGAAAUGUAGAUUUAAAAGAAGACGGUGCUUCCUCCUCAAAAUAAAG